AUGUCACUUGUUCUUGCCGUUCGUCUGUUAAAAUCGCUAGCAGACGAUUUAUCAGGGUGUGAAUGUAUGAAAAAUAUGAAGCCUGAAGACGAUACUCUUUCUGGUGACACGACUCAGUUACUACGGGAUAUACUACAGAGUAAAGAACGAAAAGAACUAGAAAACAACAACACAAUCAAAAGUUACUGCGCGGUAGACGAUCGAGAAAAUUCAGAAAUGAUAUCUACAAUGCUUCGUGCAAAAUCCAACACCAGCGCUGCCAAUUCUGAUAAUGAUAACUGGUCGGUUGGUGCUGACAACUAUUCUGGAGACGAUAGCGACAUAGAUGUGGACACAGAAGACGUUUCCGAUAUAUCGGCUGCUCAAGAAGUUAAAGAGUCCAAAGAGGAUAUCACGGAUGAGUUACCAAAUGGAGUGGGUGUUGAACCAGAAAUUCAAGAUACAAAAGAAGCCAAGAGAGCUCGCGUUGAGAACAUCAUUACCAGUAUGCGACAUUCUCCACCCAGUACAGCAGACUUAGAGGUGAAUCAAACUUCACCCGAAGUCAAAAGACAAAAGAGGAAGCAGUAUCAACCACAACAGCAUGAGGUGAAAAGCUAUGGCGCCUCAGAUCCUAAGUUCCGUAAAGUGGAGAGAGCUGCUCUUCAUGAUCAUAUUCAACACCUCCAAAAUCAACUGCGUGAAGUGAAACAAAAGUGUGAUGAUUUGUGUGAGGAUGAACAUCAUUUGCAAUAUAACAAUUCUAGUGCUCUUGACAAUGGAAACAUUUCUUUUAAUGACAAUCAAAAUAAUUUAUACAAAAAUGAAAAAGAAAAUGGAAUGGACAUACUCAGAAAUACAAUUCGUAAUGAGUGGGACCCUAGUCACUUUUUCAGACAAGCAAGUAAACUAGUCCAAGAACAGGAAGUUCUUAGUAAGAGCUCAGGAAAACUCUCAGGAAACAUUCCACCUCCCGAUCUUCAUGCUUUAGCAAACUCUAUCAAAACAGAAAUAGUUGAUGCCAUUAGCAAAGUGGUAGACAAUGCUGUGAGCAAACUCAUUGAAAAGAAAUCUGCACCAAUUCUCAAAAAUACUGAAACUCUUUCCAGUUCAAAAAGUGAAAUUGUUAAAGUUCCCACUCUUGUCCCUAAACCAGAAAAGGAACGUGAACGCAAACCAGACGUGACUCCAACAUCAUCCCUGAGUGAUCUACAGUCAGAACUAAAUAAACAUAGUAUAGCUAGUCGCUUAUCAGACAAAAUAAGUGCUUUUGAACCUUUAUCCAGAAUGGAAAAUGAUUUUCCCAGAAUCAGUACUAGCCAUCAUCAAAACAUGCCAUUCCAUCCUCCAUUUCCUUAUUUUGGCUUGCCAUCUCAAAUGAUGCCACCAAUGUAUGCUGCAGAACCUGAACAAACAGAAGCACUACCUCUAAUUGUUAACACACCUAAAAAGAAGAGGACAAAAGUUACUGAUACCAGAUUAUCACCUCGAGCAAAAUCAGCCCUGCUCCAAGACAGUUUCUUACCAUCUCAUCUGACUUUAGAUCAAGAUCGAACAACAAUGAUGACAUCUUUCCCUCAUCUGUUUCCACCUAUGUUGCCUACAAGUGUUGCCAUUCCUAAUCCUGGUCUGAACCAUUCUGAUAUUAUGUCCUUCAACAUGAGAGAUCCAAGCUUUUGGGAAUCCAGGAUGAUGAACCAAAGUCCACCACAUUCUGAAAGAAACUCACCAAAGUCACCAGCAGAGAGUUUUGGUAGUUUCAGAAAGAGUGACAUGUAUGACAAUUCUCCAGAUAUUGGUGAUGGAAGCAAUGGUUGUCAAUCUAUAUCCUUUAUAAAAACUUAUUUUCAGCUACAUCCAUACAAAUCACGUUAA